AUGUGUAGCAAAGCGAUCCUAGCACUCCUGGUCUAUGGCAUAAUAAUGCACUGCAGCGUCUACUGCUCACCUGCGGCCGGACUUCAGUACCCGGCACUCAGGCUGGAGGAUGAAGUCUACGACGAGGACGGGAACACCCUGCAGGAUUUCGCCUAUGAUCACGAUCCCCUCGGCAUAGCGAAUCCGUCCUCCAUGAUCGGCGAGAUGUACACCUUGUAUUACCCACCGGAAAAGAGGCACGCCGAUGGGAUCUUCAACAAAGCCUAUAGGAAACUCCUGGGCCAGUUAUCCGCCAGGAAAUAUCUGCACUCCCUGAUGGCCAAGCGGGUCGGCAGUGCCGGCGGCGGCCUGGGGGACGAGACGGAACCACUGACCAAGCGUCACAUAGACGGCAUCUUCACGGACAGCUACAGCCGCUACCGGAAACAAAUGGCUGUCAAGAAGUACUUAGCAGCCGUCUUGGGGAAAAGGGUCGAAGACAUUAAUUUUCACCAUUUGCUACUGUACAUAGAGAAGGAUGCCCUGCUCCCAGGGGAUUAUGAGGGAAAUGAUUUGGGAGAAUUGGUGAAGCAGAUUCUUCCCCCGGUGAGUCUCAAGGCAGGCUCCUUUGCCACUAGCCUUUCUGAAAGGGCAGCGUCCCCUUUCCUAUAGAUUUCGAUUUUCUCCCCCCUUCUGCUUCCUUUGAUGAAAGUUGUAUCUGUAGUAGCAUCUCCUGAAACAAUGAGCUCAGAGAAUAAUUCUCUUGUGAAAACAACAGCUCGAUCCAAAUUGUGAAUCUCUGUUGCUUGUUAGAGGGAGAAAUAGUUAACAAAAACCAAAACCGAAACCCAAAAUAGCAAAAAAACCCCACCCCAACCUCAAAACCCCUAGAAUCAAAACAACCUCCCCAAAAAGCCAAUCCCAAACUCCCACCCCCUAAAUCCCGAACCAGCAGCAAGGAUAGUACUAAGCCCCGUGCACUGCUCUCCUGGCUGGCUGAGCAGAGUUGCAGAACAAAGCGAAAGCGGACACAAGACUCGUUUGCAAAGAGUGGGGAAAGAAGCGGGGGCGGCCCCCGGCGCGCCCCGGGGCCAGAACCGGUACAGCUGCCGGUGCCGCAAGGUCGAGGGAAGAUGAGGCGAUCCCACCUCCGAUCCGCUACCCAACUGCCCCGGGCAGCUCGGUACUGGACCUGGAUGCAAAGUACAGUGUGUUACUCUCCAGUGCUGUCCAUGCUUUUCAUCAUGUGUAAUGAGCAGGGUUCUCGCGUUUGCUUUUCUUUCGGUCGGAGUUGCUUUGAUUGUUUUUUCUUGUAGACCCUCCUGCCUCUCAUCCUCUCUUCGCACUUUUCUGAGCUCUGUUUAACCCUCUUGAGUCACCUUUUUGGGUUAUGUUCUUUUGGGAAAAAAAAAAAAAAAGAUUGUGAACGCUCUCUCACUCCUUUGUUCUGUUUUAUGCAAGCUCUUAUUGUACAAGUUUAGGAACCCCUGUUGUAGCUACCACUAAAGAAUUAUGCACUACUACGAAAGUUUUUGUUCCUUGUUUAUUGAGUU